AUGGCUUUUGGUACCGAACGUCACUGGAGCGCAUGGAAUUUCUUCAUCUGCUGGAUGGUCUCUUUAGGCCAGAUCGCAUUUGGAUAUCCAGCUUCCAUCAUCGGUGUUACGCUUGCGCAACCGUCUUUUCUGGUUUACAUGGGCCUGCUUGAUGUCACACAGGAUCCCCCAGCCAUGACUCCAGGGGCGGAUCAAAAGAUUGGGGCAAUGUCGGGAGUAUUCCAAGCUGGCGCCGCCAUUAACGUUUUCAUUGCCGGAUAUAUCUCAGACAGAUGGGGACGUAAGGCAGGAUUCCACUGGUGUGGCUUUUUGUCGCUGCUCGGAGGUGCGCUGCUUUGCGGCAGCAGAAAUGCCACCAUGUUUAUCGUCGCCCGCCUGUUUGCUGGCGGUGGUAGCUGGGGCUACCUAGCAGUCACGCCGUAUUACUCUGCCGAGUUGGCGCCUCCAGGGCUGCGUGGCCUCAUGGUGGGUAUGAACGGCGUCAAUAUCGCAUUAGGCUAUGCUCUUGCCAGCUAUAUGGGCCUCGCCUUUUAUUAUGUGGAUGACCCGCAAACACAAUGGCGAGCACCGUUGGGAAUUGCACUUGUUUGGCCAGUGAUGAUGAUCCUUGUCUGCCUCGUCAUCCCAGAAUCCCCCCGCUAUCUCCUCAUGAAAGGGAAGAUUGAUGAAGCGAGAGACGUUGUCUUCAAGUUGCACGCAUCGAAGAAUGACCCCGAUCAAGAAUUCGCUCGCGGGGAAUUCUACCAAAUGUCGAAGCAAGCCGAAUUGGAUCGGACUAUGGAACCGGGUUGGCUUGAAAUGUUUCGCCGACCUAGCUACCGCAAGCGCACAAUCAUGGCCAUGGGUUUCGCAUUCAUUGGGCAGUCAACAGGCGUGUUGGUUUUGAACAACUAUGGUCCAACCAUCUACGCCGCUCUCGGAUACGAUACCUUGUACCAGUUGAUCUUCCAGUGUGGCUGGAUUACUGUCGGCAUCCUUGGCAACUUGGUGGGAGCUCUCAUCAUGGACUGGACAGGCCGCAAGCCUCUGCUUGUCAUGGGUGUGGCCGGCUGCUGCAUUUCACUCAUCCUCGAAGCAGCAAUGGUUAGCUCCUUCGCCGAAGAAGCAACCAACAAGGCCGGGCUUCGAAUGGGCGUCGCGGCUGCAUAUCUGUUUUUGGCCGUAUACAGCAUCGGCAUCGAUGUGGCUGGUGUCGUCUUCUACUCGGAACUGUUCCCCAACCACCUGAGAGCGAAGGGUCUCUCUCUUAGUAUUGCCGUCAUUGCACUGACAGACUUGGUAUACCUACAAGUUGCGGCUACGGCUUUCAACAACAUCGGCUGGAAGUUCUAUCUGGUCUUCAUCAUCAUUUCGGGGUUGGGCGUUUUCUUCGCAUACUUCUAUCUUCCCGAGACAAAGAAUAUCCCGCUUGAAGAGAUGGCGAAACUGUUCGGAGAUGAAGUUGUCGUCUAUGCCGAAGACCUGCAUGUCGAUCAUCGCACCCACGAACUCGUUGUCGACGAACAUGGCAAUCACAAUAUCCACAGGAUCGCCACUGAAGCUGGUGCUCCGCGACCUUCCACAGGUGGAGACGUGGAAAAGCACGGAGCCGUUCAUCGGGACAACGUCGAGCACGUCGACUCCGAGCAAAGUGAGAAGGACCAGGCAUAG